AUGAGUGUAAAUGUAGAUUCGAAUAUUAAUUGGAAAGCGCAUGUGCAGAGUGUGGCUACCAAGCUGUCUAGAUUCACUUAUGCACUACACCAACUAAAGAUAUCUUCUGAUACCAAGACAGCCAUGUGCGCCUAUUAUGCAUAUGCCCACUCUUUGCUCCAGUACGGCAUAUUGAUGUGGGUGUGCCGGCAGAAUAGAUUAAAAGAUUCUAAAUUCUUUAACGUAUGUCAUAUAAACUGUCAAAGUAUUCCGGCGCAUUAUACUGACCUAAUUGACGCGUUCUCUGAACCUAAUAUUCAUGCCUUACUUAGUUCUGAAUCAUGGUUGAAACCUGCAUUAUCUUCUAUAACAUAUUCUAUUCCAGGUUAUGUCUUGAUCAGGAAUGAUCGUACGAGUAAGAGUGGAGGAGGAGUUGCAAUUUACUUGCGUAGCACCUUACCUUAUAAAGUUGUUUUGUCAUCUCCUUCGGAUUAUAGAAGCACUGCAGAGUUUUUAUUUAUAGAAAUUGAUUUUAAGGGCACAAAAGUCGCUAUAGGCGUAGUUUACUGCCCACCUUCAACAGAUUACUUCGGAGAUCUUGAUACUGCUAUAGAUUUUAUAAAUAGCUCUUAUAAUCAUAUUAUCAUCAUGGGUGACUUUAACACCAAUCUACUAAAGGACACAACGUCAACACGCAAACUUAGAUCUAUUUUAGACUUUGCAGAUAUAUCAAUUUUACCAUUAAAACCUACUCACUAUAACCCUGAUACUGACGACUCCUGGUUAGAUAUUAUUUGCACUUCCUUAAUCGACCAUGUUAUUGAAUACGACCAAUUCUCUGCACCUGCAUUUUCACGUCACGACCUACUGCUUCUAUCUUACAAAAUCAAACCAAUCAAACCUCUAAAACCCAAGCCGACAAUCGCGCGCGUACGUAAUUUUAACAGAAUAGAUGUCGACUUAUUAUGUCGAGACGCUGCACUUAUUGACUGGAAGCCAUUGUUAGACUCUUGCAACAUUGACGAUAAAAUUGUUCUUUUUAAUGCGCAGAUUCUAAGCUUAUUCGACAAACACGCACCAAUCCGUACUGUAAAGUUGCGUCGACCUCCUGCACCGUGGAUUACAGACGAUGUUCGCAAGGCAAUGACGAAGCGUGAUCGGGCUUUUAAAAAUUAUAAAAAAGCAAGAAGUACAAUCACCUUUCAACUUUUCAAACGAGCUAGAAAUCGUUGCAAUCAGGUGGUAAGAGCAGCGAAACGCCGUUAUAUUCAUAAAAAUGUUUUAAAUUCUUCUUCGGCAAAUGUAUGGAAAUUCCUGAACUCUCUGGGCUUUGGGAAAGCCCCAGCUAUUUUCAAUUCAAAUAUUUCCCCUAAUAACCUUAAUAAGUACUUUUCUUCUAUACCUCCUCUUGAUAAUGCCGUUAAAGCCUCCACUUUACAGGAAAUUAAAUCCAUGCCUUCAUUUACCACGGAUUCUUUUACUUUUUCUUUAGUAACUGAUGACGAUGUACGAAAAGCUGUUUUAUCCAUCAAAUCAAAUGCAACAGGAUAUGACGAUCCCCUUCAAUCUGGUUUCCGUCCCGGACACAGUACUACGACAGCUUUAUUAAAAGUAACGGAAGACCUUCGUGAUGGUAUGGAGAACACACGCGUUACUAUUUUAGUUUUAAUUGACUUCUCCAACGCCUUUAACUGUGUCGACCAUGACUUAUUGUUAACGUUACUCUGCCGUCUUAAUUUUUCUCCGUUAGUACUGAGCUGGUUCUCUUCGUAUCUUCGCGGACGCCAACAAGCCAUACGUUCUGGGCAGACUCUUUCUGACUGGUGUGAACUAGAAACUGGUGUUCCGCAAGGCGCGUCAUCCCAUUCAGUGCCAAAGUCAAAGCCUGGGUCUGUUAAUCGACCCAUCACUGAAAUGGCAUUUCCAAAUGGCUGA